AUGAGACUGCGGGUCUCUUUUGAUACUCCCUUCUGCGCACCAGAUCCAGGAAUCUACACUACGUGUAUCCGUGCCAAAAACACCAAGAAGCUUGGCUCGUCCCGGCUGACGUACGACAACGCGAUCCACCACCACCGCACCAAUCCCGUUUCCAUAGUCCAAAACCCCAAUAAGGCCCUGCUGUCAUUGCAUCCAUUCAAAGAUAUAGACACCAUGGACGCCCGUCGUUUACUCUCUGUCCCCCGACCGUGUCUUCUCUUCAGAUAUCCAUUGGUGUCCAUCGCUCUCUCGGUGACAGCGACUCGAUAA